CACCACAACUUCCCCUGUUGGCUGCGAGGUAAAGCAACACUCGAGUUCACCAGAAAAGAGAAAAAAAGAACACCCACAAGUUGUUGUGUUUGCUGUGUGCUGCCCACUUACUGUGCCCAUCUGUCCGUGUUGAGCCUGUGUUACCAUGGCCGUGUGGGGCAGGAGUCCGUUACUGGUGGCGAUUCCUUUGUGGAUGAGUUUUGGGAGAGCUGCUGCUCUAGCAGAGCCAUAUGUCUGUUACGUGCUGGAUGGUAUCCUGUUUUUGUAUGGUAUCAUCCUGACAGCUCUCUACUGCAGAAUCAAGAUCUACAAUGCUCAGCAGGCUGAAGCUGAGAAGCCAAAGGCCAAGCAGAAUGCUGGUGAGGGCAUCUAUAUGGGUUUGAAUCCUUACACCGCGGACACUUAUGAAACUAUUGGAAUGAAGAAGUGACACGAUGAGCGACCAAGACAGACGUUUUCCUUUUUGUUUUUGUAUAUUAAAUAUUGCAUAUCUUACUCUGCUUAGAUUUGGAGAGAAUGUUGAGAGAAUAUUGCGUGCACCAGUGUUCAUUUCCCCUUUUCUUUUAGAAGCAGGGAAGCUGAGCCUAAGACGGGCAAUAAAAAAAAAAGGUUGCCCUUGUUAUUUUAAGCUAUUCUUUUUACUGUUCUGUUGCACAUAUUUAAUUUUUAUGCAAACAUACUUAGAAAAAUGCUUUACAAAUAUUAUGUAAUGCAAUGCUUAUAAACAAAAAUUAAAUGGAUGUUAUAUUUUGUAUGUAAACUGUCCAGCUAACUUCCUCUUUUAUAUAUAUUUUUUAAGUAUUCUAGUUUUGUGCUUGAUGGAAGACAGUGAAUAUAGUUAAAGCUAUGUUCAAUACUGAGAAGUGUCUCCUGCACACCACAGGAUGGCAGUGAUGGUGUCUUUGUUGAAUUCCUUACCUGUCCCCCCACCCCCCCCUCCCACCCCCCACACACACACCUCUCUCUAAAAUAAAUCAAAUAAAUAACACA